GCACGAUGUCUUCCUUUGCCUGUGAGUAAGUAACUGGUAAAUUUGCACGGUAUUUAACAAGCGAUGGGAGGAGAAAUGUUCUUAUACGAAUUUAGGAAGAGGUCUGAAAAUAAUUGUUUCUUUUCAUGGGCAGCGAAAGAAUGUUGACGAUUGCUCUUCAAACUGGUUGCACAGGAGCACAUUGCUGUGAUGAAAUAAAAUCUGAUAUAAAAAAUCUUAAACUCGUUCAGGAUAUAUUGUGUUCAAAACACGAUCCACGCUAUGAAUCAUGCUGUGGUGACAUAAAACGCGACAUUCAGAAAAAAAAACAAGCGCAUGGAAUAUUGUGUGAAAAAGAAGUUGCCAAAAAAAGUUGUGCUGAUCUCUAUAAAUCUGGAGUGAAAGAAGACGGUGUUUAUACGAUUGAUCCCGAUGGCCUCGGAUCGUUCAACGUCAGUUGUGAUAUGACAACAGACGGGGGUGGCUGGACCGUGUUUCAAAGAAGACAAGAUGGAAGCCAGGAUUUCUUCCUAGGAUGGUCAGACUAUAAAGCUGGCUUUGGUGAUCUUAACGGCGAGUUCUGGUUGGGUCUUGAUAAAAUACAUCGUUUAACGAAAUCUGGCCAAAAUGUUCUAAGAAUUGAUUUGAUGGAUUUCAAAAGCAUCGAAGGUUAUGCCAAAUAUGGAGAAUUUAGUGUGGCUGAUGAGUCAGACAAAUACAGAUUGAAGAUUGGAGAUUACUCAGCAAUAAGUAACGCGGGUGAUUCUCUUACUUAUCACAAUCAAAUGCAGUUCACCACCAGGGAUAGUGACAAUGAUCUCAGCGAUCUCAAGAAUUGUGCUAAGCAGCAUGAAGGAGCUUGGUGGUACAAAGCCUGCUUUCAAUCCAACCUCAAUGGAAAGUACCUUGACGCAGGUGCGAUUUCGUCUAAAGGAAUAGUCUGGUUCGCUUGGGAAAAUUCAUACUCUUCUUUGAAAGAAACGGAGAUGAAAAUUCGUCCAAACAAGUUUUGAAAUAAAGACCAGCUUCAUGAGGACCAAAAACACAUUUUAAAGUUGACAAUGUAAAGUUCUUUAAUCAAGUCCCGCUUGAGGUUAAUAUUGAAAUCAGGCUAUAACAUGAUCGUAUAGUCGUAUAGUUAUCCUAAUAUUGCCCUGUGCUUGUUUUGAUUCAUAAAGAUAUAUAAUUUUAAUAUCUCAAAAUCAUCUCACGCCGGUAAAAGGGUUGGUUGACCAUACUGGAGGAGAUUUGGUUGAAUACACCAAGAAGUGCGUUUACGUGUGAAGUAUACGACGUGCGUUCUCUACUGAGUUGCAUAUUGAUAUUAUAGUCUCAAAUCAAAUCUCAGUCAUAAGUCUCUUACUUCAUUAAGGUAACGCAAACGAGACUUUUAAAGUCGAAGAAAACCAGAAGAGAGCAAAGUUCACUUUCCCAUGCACAACACUUUGGCAUGAAUUGACCAGAGCAUGAGACCUCAAACUUUGUCGGAUCCAAUUCACAUCUGACGUAUGGAAUGUAGUUUGUUAUUGAUAAAUCAGUACUGUAAUCAUCGCUUUAGUUGAUUUGCUGCCCAUAUACAUUGCAAGUCACAUAAAAACAUCUUUCAAAAUGUGAAUUGGAUCGACAAAAUUGGAUCGUGUGAAGAAACCUUAAUUUUGAUGAUCCGAAUCUUAAAGACCCAUUUAUUUACACUAUGCAAUUUGUCGUAUACGAUUCGUACCCUGGCGUAUGUGAACGUAUAAACACACUACAAACGUGGACUUUAAAUUUCAACUUGAACAAAACUGAAUGAAGAUUGUGGCAUAGGCCCUCUUUGGCAUUCGUCAGAAUGAUAAUUGCAUACAACUUAUCGUGUAAUCUAAUAUGUAACUUAACGUUAAUGAGCUGAAGCUUUGUUGAAGUUUAUUUGCAUUUAGUUCGGCACAUGAAAAGUUGGAAUUUGGCCGGGAAAGGACCGGACUUAAUUAAAGAGCUUUACAUUGUCAACUUUGGAUCCGGUCAUAAUACAUAAGUUUGGCCUUGCAUGGCCUUCGUCUCAAGCACCAACACUUCUUCACGCUUCUUUAUGCAUUAAAUAUGUACUUCCACUGAAAAUUAAACUAUUUACAUCGAAAUAUU